UUUGGGUUAGAAAGCCACAGAACAGGGCAGUAGCUCUUGGCGAUGACUUAAUCCUACCGUGUCAGGCUCAGUGGAUAGACAAAAGUAACUCUUCAGUCAUCCUUUUGUACACUUGGAGCUUUGAUGGAGGAAAUCUCACUAGCAAGGCCUCCAGGUUCUUCAACAAUUCCCUCUUCAUUUGGUCCCUGUCUCUGGGAGAGCUGGGCAAUUACUCAUGCACUAUCACAUCCCAGCCGCUUGCAGGUGCUGAUCUGGCUAAUUCAACUAUAGGAAAUCUAACGGCAACAGCCCUUGUUAUAGAAGCAUAUAUUGAACCAUUCAUCGUUGAUCCUGUAUCCCUGGAGGGGAGUCUGGGGGAGCAGAUUGCAUUGACCUGCGUAACAGGAAGAAGUGCCCCAGCUGUCCAGGUUCAUUGGCUGAAGGACAGUGAGGUUUUUACAGGAGGGGAGUCUUUGACGGCAGCUUUUGGUGACCAUGACCCGUCAGGUCUCAGUGUCCAGCUGUCUAUGAAGCUGACAUUGAAGAUCUCUGCAAAGACACUCGGUUCAUUUCAGUGUGUGGCAAUCAAUGAUGUCCUCAAGCAGCAGGUUCGCAGCCAGCAAACUAAUGUUACCCAGCGAGUUAUCGCCAGUGCCGACCGCCCUGUCAUAUUGUGGAAUCUUCCACGUAGCCUAAUUGUUGCAGAGGGUAGGGAUCUCAUUUUGCCAUGUCAAGUUGUGGAGUCCACUGAGCCGGUAGUAGUGGACUGGUAUGCAGGCCGGUUUAAAGUUGAUGAGUCCAAACGAUUGUAUGUUUUGCCAAAUGCCAGCCUGGGAUUUCUACCAGUGGGAGUAAGUGACAGCGGAAACUAUUCAUGUGCCGCACAAAAUUCAAAGGGUAUUACACAGUCACCCAAUGUGGAACUGAUUGUGGCCUAUCUAGGACUCACUUUCCUUGCCAAUCCAUCGGAUGCUCAUGCCAUUUAUGGUCAGGAUGUCAUCUUGAAGUGCAGCCCACCCAAGAGCAUUCCUUCUGCUGUCAUAAUAUGGUAUAAGAAUUACUUACCCCUUGAGCUUCACCAAGGUCGGGUCAUGGUCAUUGACAAUGACCUUCACCUGACCUCUGUGAUGAAAACUGACAAUGGAUUGUACUACUGCGUUGCCUUUAACAAUCUCACAGUUCCUUCCAGCAGGACUUCAACAGUUGCCCGACUCAGAGUAGAAGGGCCUCCUUUAAUGGUCCAGCCUCCAGUAAGCAUGAAAAUAGUCAAAGGAAAAUUAUUACACCUGUUGUGUUUGGUUGACUCGGAUCCUGCUCCAGUUACAACCUGGCAGUUUGAAGACAGAGAUUUACCACUGAGUAGUAAAGUGGCUGUAGUCAACCAAGGGCAAGAACUGUUCAUCACUGAUGUUGGGAAGCAAUGGGAAGGCCACUUUGUUUGUCUGUCGAAAAAUAAGUAUGGAUCUACAUCAGCUAGUUGUUUUGUCACAGUCCUAGUUCCUCCAGCAUCACUGAAGCCUAUCGGAAAUAUCACAGUGUUAUCUGGCAACUCAGUGUUGAUACCCUGUCCUGUGGUCUGUGACCCAUUGCCAGCUAUUGGUUGGAUUUUUGAAAGACUUUCAAUAAAUGGAUCUUUGGCAUCUGCUGCAAAUACACAUUGGACUUUCAUAUUUCCUGAUCUGUACAUACAUGAUGUACAACCACAUCAUGCUGGGAAAUACUCUUGUGUGGGUUCAAAUGAGGCAGGAAAUGCAACUUUAUCAGGCUGGCUGAUUGUCCAUACUGUGCCAGUGAUCAGCCAGGCACCUACCAACACAACCGCUGUCAUUGGUGCGUCUGUGACCUUGAACUGUCAGGCAAACGGCAAUCCAUUGCCAUCAUUGCGCUGGUUAUAUAAUUCAACAACGCAGAUACCCAGAAGUGUUCAAGUGAAAGAUAACAGCACGUUGGUUUUAUUAUCGCUGGGCUGGGACAAUGUUGGUGCAUACACUUGUGUGUCUCAGAGUUUAGCUGGCAUGUCUCAAGCCACAGCGGUAGUACAGCUCAUGAUUCCUCCUACAAUUGAAGCCAUUCACUUUCCAACAACACCAGUAAGGAUGCAUUCCAGAUUCAACCUUUCCUGCAUGGCAUCUGGAAUACCCGCCCCUUUAGUUAAGUGGACUCACUUUGAUGAACCUAUUAAGACAACACUGAAUGGAAGAUUUGCCUGGAAAAAUGACUCUGGCUUGUAUGAAUGUUGGGCAACUUCUAAUGUUGGAACACACAAGAAGAUGGUUUCCAUUGUUGUUUAUGGUCCGCCAUCACCACCAGUGUUAUUACGAGCAGUACCACUAUCUUCAGAGUCAGUUUAUUUGAUUUGGGAAUGGUCGGAUCACGGAGAUACUGCUGAGAGAGCUGACACUUUCCAGAUUUCUUUCUGGGACAAAAUAACUGGAGAGCUCAGUGUGUACCCAGUUAUAUUUCUAAAUAAGGAAACAAGAACAGAAGUGGUGGGUCUGCAGCCAGCGACAGAAUAUAUCUUCUGUGUAUCAGCGGUGAACGAUGCAGGAACUGGUCCACCAAGCAAUCUGAUGUCUGCAGUUACUCUACAGUCUUGGCCUUCUCCACCAUCAAAUCUACAUGUGGCAGUAGUUUCGGCUAGUAAUGUGACCUUGACUUGGGAAGUACCUUCUUCACCAAAUGGCAUAGUCAAGAUUUAUCAGCUUAGGUUCAGAAAAAGUAGUGACACUGAUCAAGGCAAGUCAGCUUCACUAUUUUCAGUUUUGAUUAAAAUAAAUGUUGAGUAUUUGUUCAAUUACUAUAAACUUAUGUAA